UUACCUCCUCCGUUAUGGUUUGUCUGUCUUUCCGAAAGUCGGUGCCAUGCGCUGCCACCACCAAUUUCUCUCAUAUAAACCGUUAAUCAUCUGUCUGUAUUAUCGCACAUCAUCACUAAGCUCUGGGUAAUCAUACCCAAGACUUUCCCCAUCCUCUCCUUCGUUUCUCUUGGACAUUCACGCACGGUCUUCAAAUCCAACACAGACCGACCAGCACUAACAUAUGCCUGAAACCUACGGUAUCCUUCUCAGUUGAGCAGAUCGAAAGCCUAUUUUUCGAGUUCACGUUCUAUUGUUCUCCCUCUCCACCGAAUCUGCGUUCAGCUUCUAGGGUUUUCGUUUCGAUAACAUCAAAUAUGGGUGAAUUGAAGAUGGAAGAGUUGUCCCUGCCUACUCUUUUUGAGCAAGCUUGUAAGAUUAAUAUGAUGGCCUCCGAAUCCAGCAUUGAUCAGGAUAUUGUGAGAAAGGGUUGCGAAGCUCUGAAAAAGUGCGAGGAAAUGAUAAGUAAAUUAGGGUUGUUUUCCGCCAACGAGACCAAAGAUGAUAUUAGCACCACAAAUCUCAAGUACAUUCUGGUGCCAUUUUAUCUUGCUGAAUUGAGAGAAAAAACUGCCCAAGAUGAUAGGAUACAAAUUCUUAAGGCUUCACAAGAAGAGUUGAAGGAAUUCAUUUCAUUUUGUGAAGCCAUGGAGCUUGUACCUGAGGAGGAGUUAGAAAUAUCUGCUCAAGGGUGUCCUAUUUCUUUUGCAGAUCGAAGGGCUAAGAAGAUUGCUCGGUUCAAACGCCAAAAAGCCGCAGAGUCAAAGCUGCUGGAAAUAAAGGAGCGAAAGGAGCGUCGUGGACGUUCAACUAAAGCAUCUGCUUUGUCUACUCCUAUUGAGGCAGGGGAGGAGGAUAUGUUGGAUGAUGAUGGAGAAGAAGAAAGGGAGGCAUGGCUUACUACCAUCUCUUUGGAUCUUUGUAAGGCUUUUGAUCUGCUGGAAAUGCUAAAGAUGGAGGAAGGAAUGCUUUCUGCUAUAAAGGAAAAGCAAUUGCAGGAAGGGGCCACGGAAAUUUCAGAGGCUAUUCUUGAUGAGCGUACCAUGAAAGCAGAAGCUUGGCAUCGUGAUGCUGCAGCUCGAGCUCGAUACACGAAGCCAACACCACCUAUUACAUGUGCUACUUUUGCUCAAGAUGUCUUAGAAGGAAGAGCUACGGUUUCAGAAGCACAUGAGCACAAACACCAGCCAAUGAUAUUUGGACCAGCAAGUCUCGUGGGUGGAAAUCCAACAAGUGAAAGGGAAAGGAUGGCUGCACAGGUGUUUCAACCUCAUUACAGAUUGCCAACCAUGAGCAUUGAGGAAGCUGGAUUAAGAGAAAUGGGGAUGAUGAAUAAAUGGCAAGAGAGAAAUGCUAAGCUCAUGGAAGAAGCCAAUUCGUCGUGGUACAAGGACAGGCAGAAGUUGAGGCCUGGUGAGGAGGAAGAUGAGGACGAUGAUGCUGCCGUAGAGAAGGCAAGGGCAUGGGAUGACUGGAAAGAUGAUAACCCUCGUGGAGCAGGCAAUAAGAAGCUCACCCCCUGUGGCUAAGAGCAUCUGGUGGUUACAUUUUGCGUGAAGCAUAAAGUUCUCUGAAAUCUACUAAACAUCUCAGUACAGUCAUCUCCUCUGAAUAUUUGGUUGACUGAUAUUUGUAAUACCAGUUUUGUUUACCCGCUUAACUGAUUUGCGUGUAUAUUAGUUGCAUAUGUAGUAUUAAAAUUGGUAUCUAUCUCUCUGUGCCUUCCAAGCAGUAUAUAUGCUUUUUUUAAGUAUCUUUUAUGCCAGCCGA